AUGGGACAGGGAAUCUAUGCAAAAUUUCAACAGAGACCCGCUGAGCGGAGCUUCAAGAACCAACAGGAAUCGCUUCGGGCCACGAGAAAAGAAGCUGCCGCUCUGGUGCCGUUCAGCCGGCGCCUAGAGCAGGACCUGCUGAGCCUGGUGUGUGACAAGAAACGCGACGACCAAGCCAGCGGCAGGCGGCGCUAUUCGUCUCCCGUGCGAUCGCGGCGGCUAAAGGAGCGACGACGCAGCUGCGAGCGUCGCGACAGCGAGGACCAGCAAGAGCGGCGGCGAAGAAGGAGGAAGGGCAGCCCGCAGAGACACCGCGCUGACCCGUCGUCUCCGUCUCCUUCCUCGUCUUGUUCAUCCGAUUGGAGCUACGGAAAACGCCGCCGAAAGUCCCGCUGGAGGUCGCGCCGAAGCUAUUCGCCGGAAGAGCGCGUACCAGCGUUGCGGGCGCCGCCGUCGGCUGCUCCCUCGGCCCGGGCUUCCUUUCGGCGCAGUGCUCGCCACUUCACCACUCCGCCCUCCGCCCGGACCGCUGACGUCACCAGGAGCGCCAGUAGUUCACCCGGCCGCCGCCAGUCGAAGACGGAGAAAGACGAGAAACGAGAUCACGUGAUCCUCGUGCAUAGUCUACAGCAUGUGCACAACGCAUUGGACGCCAAGCGCCUGCAGCUGUACCCGGACAAGAAUUCACCUAGUGAGUGCUCCGAGUACCAGAGUGGCUACGACGACAGACGAGGGACAAGCCCCGACCAUGAGCUGGUUCGCGUCUAUAAAGUGGCGCACAUGUCGCAGAGCGAGUUUGUGAAUCCGCCCAACAGUGUUGUGCUCCUGCCGGGGGAAAACGCCUCGUGCUUGACGUUUCGGUAA